UUCACAUGCAACAAGCAUGCUGUCAAAUCAACUGUUUCAUGUUUAUAUUGACAACGUAUUUAACAAACUUGGAUUUAAAAUUUUCUGGGUAAUGGCACACCAGCAAAGGAAAACCUCCAUUAAUUAAGCAUUCUAAAGUUCAAGUUUAAACAGUUUAAACUUUAAACUAUUAUUAUUAUAGAAAUACUCAAAAUGGAGUGCUGCCUUAUAUGUGGGGUUGAUCAAACUGCCACACCCACCACGAUUUCGGGAGAGACGCUUGGAUAUCUCUGUGACAAAUUGAAGUUAUCUUAUCCGCUGGGUUGUCAAACGCCAAAUCUCUGUGCACAGUGUGCCCAUUUGUGGGAGGAUUUAUGCCCCCUAUACUCUCACAUGCAAGGUCUUAUCAGCUUGGUGGAUAAGAAAGUUGAGCAAUUCCGUGAGCGCAACGAUAUCAGGAAACAAAAUGAUCAGUUAAGGAAGAAACUGAAAGAGUCAGAAUCUACUUUACGUGAUUUUGUUCGAGUGAAGAUUCUGAAAGAAGAACCAAUCGAAAUUGUGGGUACAGAUGAAGAGACGGAUGAAACUUUUGCUCAAGUUAAGUCGGAUGACAAUGCUUGUUGUAUUAUUGAUGGUUCCGAAUCCGAAGGCGACGAUGGGGACCAAGAUACUAGUCCAGAUUUUUUUCAAUCAAUCUUAUCACCAACUGAAAAUGAGAUUUCAAGCCCCUCGCCUUCCCCCAUUGAACAAAGUAAGGAACAAGAACAAAAGGCAAACGACUCUAUUCGUAGGACUAAAAGGAAGGUUAAUAAUAGCGACGCUAGGGGAUGCUUAGCUCCAUCCAACAAGCGACAGCGUCGUGAAGAUUUCAAACUUCCAGUGGGAGAAACAUUUCCAAGUAUACAUGUUGCACAAGCCUUUAUUUCAUUGACAAAAGGGUGGAGUCCGAACAAGGGUUGGACGGAUGCAGAGGGAAAGAAGUUUGACUAUUGUUGCAAAUAUUACUGGUGUGGUGCUUGCUUGCAAAUUGUUGCCCCCGUCAACUCAAAAAAGUGUCAUCUGGAACAUAUAGGAACGGAUCAUGACCAUUCUGCUAAUGUUAAGAGACCAACCUACGGAAUCCCUUCCGUAAUCAAGGAGCAAAUUAUUAAACUGGUUGAACAAGGAAUAAAAGAACACAAACUACCACAUUCGUUGAUCAUGGGUAUUGACUCGAAAUCGAGGGAAGACCGCAGUUCGUCCGAAGAACGUGUGGGGAUGAGAAUGGUCGAUGGAAUAUGUCGCAAAUUCCGCGUAUCCAAAGUAUUUCGAGAAAAUACUGACCGCAUCAACUCAAUGUGUUUCGCCCCCGGUGGUGACCUACUAAUCAGUUCCGCGGAGGAUGACCAAAUCGUUAUUUACGAUUGUGAAAAGGGAACGCAAAAACGUGUCCUCAACUCAAAAAAGUAUGGCGUUGACCUCAUUCACUUUACUCACGCCAAGAACACGGCGAUCCAUUCGUCGACAAAGAUUGACGACACGAUUCGAUACCUAUCCCUACAUGAUAACAAAUAUCUACGCUACUUUCCUGGACAUACCAAAAAAGUUACAACAUUAUGCAUGUCGCCCAUGGACGACACAUUUUUGAGUGGAUCUCUCGACAAGACGUUGCGACUUUGGGAUCUACGAUCACCCAAUUGCCAAGGAUUGAUGCAUCUGUUGGGGAAACCGGUGGCCGCAUUUGACCCUGAAGGACUCAUCUUUGCUGCCGGAGUUAACAACGAGAGUGUCAAAUUGUAUGACUUACGUUCAUUUGAAAAGGGUCCAUUUUCAACAUUCAAAUUCGCCUAUGAAAAAGAUAACGAGUGGGCAUCGCUUAAAUUCUCACCGGAUGGAAAGACGAUAAUGAUUUGCAGUUAUGGAUCUAUAAUACGAUUAGUUGACUCAUUUCAUGGAACACCCCUCCAAACGUUUACUGGAUUCGUAAAUAACAAGAAUUUACAUAUUGAAGCCACAUUCAGUCCAGAUUCACAGUUCGUCUUUUCUGGAAGUUCGGAUGGGUUGAUUCAUGUAUGGAAUGCAGAACAUGGACAUAAGGUAUGCGUUCUCAACGGCGAUCAUACCGGUCCUGUACAGUGUGUUCAAUUCAACCCUAAAUAUAUGAUGAUGGCGACGGCCUGUACAAACAUGUCCUUUUGGAUCCCCCUCAUUGAGGAAUGAUCAAAGUCAACCCAGUCAUACUAUCAUCAUCAUCUCAUAAAUAUUAGAGUGACGAAAUUCUGGACCUAUAUCUGAUUCUAACCACUUUUCGACACACUGACAGAAUUAUAAUUACAGUUUACAUAUUACCUAGAUAAAGUUUAAUUUGACUAAUUUAUCAUUGAUUAAAUAAUUACUAGUUUUAUACAUAUUGCCUACAUAAAUAUAUACACACAUUACAGUAGCUUGUCAUACACAUAAUUUGAUCCAUAUAUGUCUAUUUUCUGUUAUAUUUAAUAAAUUGUCAAAUGAUUUCAGAA